AUGCAGCCUGGUUCACUUAGGGCGCAUCACAUUCAUGCAGACACAGUGGGCGAGGUAUGGGGACAGGAAACCAUUCCUAAAGGCAUUGUCCUAGAGGCAUUGAUGGACCAUCCAGGGCUCCAGCUCCCUCUCUUCUUGCCGUUCCUGCUUAUUUACUUGGUCUCCUUGGUGGGAAACUUGUGUCUACUCUGUUUAAUCAGGACCAGCCCUCGGCUUCACACUCCUGUGUAUUAUUUUCUCAUUCACUUGUCCUUCAUAGAUCUCUGCUUCUCCUCUGUCAUAAUGCCAAAGAUGUUAGAGAGCUUUGUGUUAGAGAAGAACUUCACAUCCUUUCUGGAGUGCACGACUCAACUCUUUUUAUUCUACUUCUUUGGUAUUGAUGAUUCCUACAUGCUGGCAGCCAUGGCAUAUGAUCGCUACAUUGCCAUCUGCAAUCCUUUGCUCGAUCAUGUCACCAUGUCCCACAGAGUCUGUUUGCUGCUGAUCACCAGUGUGUAUGCAGCGGGGGUUUUGGGGGAAUUAGCUCACACUAGCUAUGUAUCCACUCGUUCCUUCUGUGGAACUAAAGUCAUCCACCAUUACUUCUGCGACAUCCUUCCUCUUCUGAAUAUAUCUUGUUCAAGAGACUACACCAAGGAGCUGUUGGUGAUGAUGCUGGUUGGGUUUAAUGUGCUCACCUGCGCUGCAGCCAUCUUCAUCUCUUACGCCUUCAUCAUGUCCAGCAUUCUGCAUGUGCGCUCAGCGGGCGGCAGGUCCAAAGCCUUCAGUACCUGCAGCUCCCAUCUUGCAGCUGUUGGGAUUUUCUAUGGCUCCAUCACUUUCAUGUAUUUUAAACCAGCUACCAAUGAUAUGACCCAGGAGAAGGUGGCUUCUGUUUUUUACACCACAAUGAUUCCCAUGCUUAACCCCCUGAUCUACAGCCUGAGAAACAAGGAAGUCAAAGAUGCCCUAAAAGCAGUUCUGAAUUGUAGGAUGCUUUCCAGGUUUGCAUAG